CCCACCAGAUGACGACCGGACAAGCCGAACGCUGCAACAUGAAGCUCCUGGUCGCUGUCACCCUGUGCUGCUCACUGCUGGCACCUUUCGCGCAGGCGGACGACGCCCCCACGGCCAAGCCGAAGCGCAGCCUCUACGACCUGGGCCUGGGCCCCUACUUCGGCCCCGCUCCUCCCCCACUCAGCUACGCAGUGCCCGCCCCCGCCGCGAUCGGGCCACCCCCGCCGGCCUUCGUCGCUCCGGCGCCGGCGCCCGUCGUCACCAAGGUGGUGGCCCCACUGCCGCUGCCGGCCCCCGUCUUCACCAAAGUGGUGGCCCCACUGCCGCUAGCGCCGGCGCCAGUGGUCACCAAAGUGGUGGCCCCGCUGCCCCCGCCCGUCGUCACCAGGGUGACGUACCCCCUGCCGCCGGUCGUCACCAAGGUCUCGUACCCCGUGCCGUCGCUGCUGGCCAAGCUGGCCUACCACGCGGCGCCACCCCUACCCUUCCCGCUCCCCCCCUCCCCCUUGACGUAUGCCGCGUACGCCCCUCACUUUGCGAAGGUCGCCGCGCCGUUACCUUACUGGUGAGGUACUGUGACAAACCUCCACUGAUACCACUACUUUCUUUUCGCCAGACCUAGCGUCUACCGGAAUAAUUUGUACGUCGUAACUGAAUGUACCACUUCUCGGCACACGUACCUCAAACUUCGUGGGAAGAGGUAGGACAGAAAGUAAAUAUUCAAAACGUAUUGAAAAAUAACUUUUUUAAAAAUGGUACAAUUGGUUUCAGUAAACUGAUGACAAUAACAAAAUAACACACUGACAUAAUUGUAUAUUAGACGACGUGCAGUAAAUGUCAACUGCACGUACUGUCGAAUUUUCUCAGAAUAAGAAAUUGGCUUCAUUUUUAUACGCACCCCGUUCUUGCCAGAAAUAUGUAUCUUUUUCACUGAACUAUCCUCUUCUGUAUUUUUAAGGUGCAAAAAUGUUUGAAAUAAUUUCUAAGAAAUUAUUUAAUACUGAUUAUGUUACUAGAGAGCAUGUAGUGCAGUCAUUUAGGCAGUCACUGCAUCCUUUGCCAGAAUACAGUAGAACAACUCCCUCCCAUUUUGUCCCCUUUCCAGUACUGCACAGCAAAUUUGUGGAAAGCAGCCACCAGGAUGCGAGCAUUGACGAGACUCUUUUUAUCGUUUAGCUAAGAAUAUCACCUACUCUACUUGUCCUGGAAGAUCUGUAAUACCUGGUACUAAAACAAAUGAUCCCCUUCUCGAAAGAAUCUCGUAACUGUAAAUUAAGUAGAAUUUUUUGUGUACUCGUUAAGUAUCGAGAGGCUUUUAGGUACGACCAUUUAAAUUAACCCAAGAAUAAAGUCCUAAUGAUAAUUUGAUACAUUAACCGAUAGAGUCGGGACAUUGGUAUUACCAGCGUUUUAACAGAUGUCCGUGUUUCAAAGGUGUCUUACCAUUAAGAUAGCGAUGUAACUAUCUCUUUACAACAGUCUCGUAUUAGUUCUUGUAUAUGUAACUGAAGAGUACGAUGUCUCCUUUUAAAAACUGACAAGCAUCAGGAUGUCAUAUAAAUGUGUGUUUCAAAAUAGUCUACAAAUGAUGCACUGGAUGAGAUUUGUUGUGCAUUAAUACUCUUGCU